AUGCAAAUUAAAAGAAGAAUUUUAAUUAUAAAACCUCUUUACAAUCUCAUUUUUUAUAUAAGAGGUUCUUUUUCAAAACUUCUAAUUACUAAAAAAAUAAUAUACAGAAAUCUUUUCAGAUUUGAAUUGUUAGAACAUAAAAGUAUAUAUUAUAACUUUUGUUAA